ACACUCGCUAGAUGAUGCGAAUGCGUCGCGGAUAACGGCAGAAAACGAAAGCUUUUCUCUACGGUCGUAUGUGAGACAGCGAGGGGAUUCGAGUGGGGAUUCUUCAUGCCUGGGGACCGCUCACUCGGUCUGCCAGACUUGGGACUCCUUACCAGGGAAGAUCUGACGCCAAGGACGUUAGCAUGCGACGUGAUGGGCAUCACCUUCACUCUGGUGGUUCUGACAGCUCAGACCGGCACGCUGUCUCUCUUCACCGAAAAACGGCAGGGAGCCCGACUUGGGGAUGAAGUCCUAAUCCCGUGUACGGACCACCACGAUGUCAGUGGCCGAGACAUUUUUCAGUGGAUCUACCGCAAAGACCCCCGUAGCAAGCCUGUUACGAUAGCUCGGAACCUCGAAUCUGGAAUGCUACAUACAAGCACAGAGUUAUGGAGAGAGAAGAAAAUGCUACGCAACUUUUCACUGGUCAUCACCAAUUUCAGGGAAGUGGACCAAGGAACCUACUGGUGCCAGCUCUGCCCAAGAAAUAAGCAGUGCCCCCGUGAAUUAAGGACCCUUUUUCUGUUAGAAGAUUCCCCCGCGGCUGUCAGGAACAGGCUGUAUGUGGCUGAAGGGCGGGACUUUGCGCAUCCCUGCUCAGGGGUGGCAGGGCGCGCGGGCCCCUCAGUCGUGUGGACCUUUCAGCGCUUUGGAGAGACGUCCGCUCCUCUGUGGACCCCCCGGAGACAGCCCGACGCGUCCAUCCACAUACUGGACGUCCGGCCCUCUGAUGCGGGGACCUACACCUGCUGGAGGCAGGAGAGCUCCGGACACCGACAGGGCCUGCUGGCCCUCAGUCUUGAAUCUCUCAGGGCCUUUGUGAGGAGGCCGGAUGCCUGCAGUUCCUGACUCAUUCCCUGUGACAGCGGAGACGGCUAACAAACAGGCCGACUGUUCGAAAGUGCCUUACGAUGCGGUGACAGAGCAUCGCUCAUCUCCAGUGUGUUCACAGCUCUUUCCGCGCCAACGGCGACAGUUUAAGCCGGUCAGUUAGUCAGUGAACCCUUUUAAAACUAAGCAAUGAACUGAACGUUUGAAACGUUAUAUCUUGGCCCCCGUAUUUCGAUGUGGAAUUGCAGGCAGCGCAGUGUCACAAAAUGUCUGUUGGAUUGGAUCAUUUUCUGCGGUAAACUACUUUGAAUUGUAUAAAAAUUCAAAUAGACUGUGACAUAUUUCGGAGCUUUUAUCAUUGUUCCAAAUUUAGCCAGUUGAUAUUGUGUUAUAAAUGAACUAAUAUGAACUAAUAUAUCCAUCCAUCCAUCCAUCCAUUAUCUGAACCCGCUUAUCCUGAUCAGGGUCGCAAACUGAUAUGAAUAUAUUAGUUAUAUAUUUUCGUGUACAUAUAUUUUCCUACUUUGUUUUGUUGUUUUGUUGUAUAUUUGUGUUGUACUUCACAUUGUGCUUACUAAGUAUUUUCAGUUUUACUCAAAACGGCAAAAUUCCACCAAUAACAUUAUGAAAUGGGACUAUUUAUUAUGCAGGAUUCUGUUGAUACAUUCCACGAAAUUAAUAUGAUACAGCACAGUUGGAUACAAUUGUAUAAAUUAGGAAAAUUAGAUACAAUUAAAUACAUUUUGCAAAUUUGAAAUUGAUUGCACUAGGAUUCUUUUAAAACACCCAGAUUGAACUCCAAAAUGACACACCAAAUGCUGUACACAACGGCCACAAAUCUAAUGUAUGCACUUUGUCUGAUGUGAGU